AUGAUUGGUAGCCUUAACCCGCAAAUAAAAAUCACUGGAGUCGAAAGCGGAUAUCAACCAACGAAUCCAGCUAACCCUGAACAUACGAGAGCAGGUCUUGGUCUAUAUUCGAAAGGAGAUAAGGCAGCAGAAUUCGAUUCUAUGUUCCACAAAUUCGGAGGACAAAAUCGCUACUCCUACCGCAUCCCUGACAACCUCAGACCGGAGGGGGUGUUCGACAGCGUAAGCGAGAUCAAAGACCAGUAUCGCAGUGUCAAAGCGGAGAGGCCGGUCAUCCACAGACAACGGACUAACCUCAAGCCGGAGGACGGGAGGUUCGGAUGGCCUUCUGAGUUCAGGGAUCAGUACCGGGAAUUCCAGGCACAACGUCCUGUAGUUAAAAAGAUGAGUGAAACUUUACGUCCUGAAGGGAAGUUUGGAGAGACUUCCGAGAUCCAUGAUAAGUAUCGGCAGUUUGAAACCCAAAGAAAUAUUGCACCCAAACAGGGAUCCACUUUGAGACCAGAAGGCAUGUUUGGGGAAACUUCAGAAAUCCAUGACAAGUAUAAACGGGUAGACCCACAACGAAACAUUGCAAAGAGACACUCAUCCAAUCUUAAACCUGAAGGCCAGUUUGGCGAGACUUCAGAACUACAUGAUAAAUUUAAGCCUCUUGAUUCACACCGUAAUAUUGCAAAGAAACAUUCUGCAAACCUAAAACCAGAGGGCCGAUUUGGUGAAACCUCUGAACUGCACGAUAAAUAUAAACAUUUAGAGCCACAACGGAAUAUAGCAAAGAGACAUUCAGCUAAUUUAAAACCUGAAGGCCUAUUCGGUGAGACUUCAGAGGUCCAUGCAAUGUACAGGGAAGUUCAGCCAGUUCGGAACAUUGCGAAAAGACAUCAAGCAAAUCUGAGGCCAGAGGGUCAUUUUGGCGAAACUUCCGAGCUGCAUGACAAGUACAAGGAAGUAGAAAGACAACGCAAUAUUGCCAAAAGACAUUCUGCAAAUCUGAAGCCUGAAGGUAAGUUUGGCGAAACUUCAGAAUUACACGACAAAUACAGAGAAUUUCAGCCACAAAGGAACAUUGCUAAAAAGCAUACAGCAAAUUUGAAACCAGAGGGCCACUUUGGCGAAACAUCAGAAUUGCAUGAUAAGUAUAAGGAAGUUGAACCACAGCGUAAUAUUGCAAAAAGACAUUCUUCUAACCUUAAGCCAGAGGGUCAUUUUGGUGAGACUUCAGAGCUCCAUGACAAGUAUAAAGAGCUCGAACCACAGAGAAAUAUUGCAAAGAGACACUCUGCCAAUCUUAAACCAGAGGGUCAUUUUGGUGAAACAUCUGAACUGCAUGACAAGUAUAAGGAAGUUGAACCACAGAGAAAUAUUGCCAAAAGACAUUCUGCUAACCUUAAACCAGAGGGUCACUUUGGUGAGACUUCAGAAUUACAUGACAGUUACAGAGAAUUGGAACCUCAGAGAAACAUCGCUAAGAAGCACUCGGCCAACUUGAAACCAGAGGGUCACUUUGGUGAAACAUCCGAACUGCAUGACAAGUAUAAGGAAGUUGAACCACAGCGUAAUAUUGCGAAAAGGCACUCUGCUAACCUCAAACCAGAGGGCCACUUCGGCGAAACAUCAGAAUUACAUGAUAGUUAUAGAGAAUUGGAACCUCAGAGAAACAUCGCUAAAAAGCACUCGGCCAAUUUGAAACCGGAGGGCCACUUUGGCGAAACAUCCGAAUUGCAUGAUAAGUAUAAGGAAGUGGAACCACAGAGAAAUAUUGCUAAGAGGCAUUCUGCUAACCUCAAACCAGAGGGCCACUUCGGCGAAACAUCAGAAUUACACGAUAGUUACAGAGAAUUUGAGCCUCAAAGAAACAUUGCAAAGAAGCAUUCGGCAAACCUGAGACCUGAGGGUCACUUUGGAGAGACUUCUGAAUUGCAUGACAAAUAUAAGGAAGUGGAACCACAGAGAAAUAUUGCGAAAAGACAUUCUGCCAAUCUUAAACCAGAGGGUCAUUUUGGUGAGACUUCAGAGCUCCAUGACAAGUAUAAGGAGCUCGAACCACAGAGAAAUAUUGCAAAGAGACAUUCUGCUAAUCUCAAACCAGAGGGGCACUUUGGUGAGACUUCAGAAUUACAAGAUAGUUACAGAGAGUUUGAACCUCAAAGAAACAUUGCUAAAAAACAUUCAGCAAAUCUGAGACCUGAGGGUCACUUUGGAGAGACCUCUGAAUUGCAUGACAAAUUCAAAGAACUAGAACCACAGAGAAAUAUUGCAAAAAAACAUUCUGCAAAUCUCAAGCCAGAAGGCCAAUUCGGUGAGACUUCAGAACUACAAGAUAGUUACAGAGAAUUUGAGCCUCAAAGAAAUAUUGCGAAAAGACAUUCUGCCAACCUUAAACCAGAGGGUCAUUUUGGCGAGACUUCAGAGCUCCAUGACAAGUAUAAAGAGCUCGAACCACAGAGAAAUAUUGCAAAGAGACACUCUGCCAAUCUUAAGCCAGAAGGUCAUUUUGGUGAAACAUCUGAACUCCAUGACAAGUAUAAGGAAGUUGAACCACAGAGAAAUAUUGCCAAAAGACAUUCUGCUAACCUUAAACCAGAAGGUCACUUUGGUGAGACUUCAGAAUUACAUGACAGUUACAGAGAAUUGGAACCUCAGAGAAACAUCGCUAAGAAGCACUCGGCUAACUUGAAACCAGAGGGCCACUUCGGUGAAACAUCCGAACUGCAUGACAAGUAUAAGGAAGUUGAACCACAGCGUAAUAUUGCGAAAAGGCACUUUGCUAAUCUUAAACCAGAAGGCCACUUUGGCGAAACAUCCGAACUGCAUGACAAGUAUAAGGAAGUGGAACCACAGAGAAAUAUUGCCAAGAGACAUUCUGCUAACCUUAAACCGGAAGGUCAGUUUGGUGAAACCUCUGAACUUCAUGACAAAUACAGGCCUUUAGAGAGCCAGAGAAACAUUGCCAAGAAGCAUUCAGCAAACCUCAGACCAGAGGGGCAUUUUGGGGAGAAUUCGGAGAUUCAUGAUAAGUACAAACCAUUGGAUUCGCAGAGAAACAUUGCAAAGAGGCAUCCGGCUAAUUUAAAACCUGAAGGGCACUUCGGUGAAAUUUCAGAACUGCAUGACCAAUAUAAGGAAUUUGAAAGACAGAGGAAUAUUGCUAAAAGACAUUCGGCAAACCUCAAACCAGAAGGGCGUUUUGGCGAAACAUCAGAGCUUCAUGACAAAUACAGGGAAUUUGAAAUACAAAGGAAUAUUGCAAAGAAACACUCAGCAAACUUGAAACCUGAAGGUCACUUUGGCGAGACCUCAGAGCUACACGACAAAUAUAAGGAAGUGGAACCACAAAGAAAUAUCGCUAAGAGACAUUUAGCCAAUUUAAAGCCGGAAGGACACUUUGGUGAAACGUCAGAACUUCAUGAUAAAUACAAGCCUUUAGACUCCCAGAGGAACAUUGCGAAGAAACACUCCGCAAACCUCAGACCCGAAGGCCAGUUUGAAGGCACUUCCGAACUCCAUGACAAGUAUAUCCCACUGGAAACUCAACGCAGCAUAGCCAAGCGCCACACUUCCGAACUAAAACCCGAGGGGAAAUUUGGGGAAACUUCGGAGAUCCACGAUAAGUACAAACAACUCGAAACGCAGAGGAACAUUGCGAAACGCCACGAUGCAUCCUUGAAACCCGAAGGAGAAUUCGGUGAAGUUUCAGAGGUCCAUGACAAAUAUAAAACUUUCCAGGCGAGCCGACCUAUCGUGGAGAAGAGAAACACUGAUAAUAUUUGGCAAGAAGCUCCAAAGGUGGCUAUCAAGGGCAACACCGAAACACUGUCUAAUUACAACGAAUUCUCUGAUACAUCUAUGCUGGACCUGAGAAUACCACCAAAGUAUAACAACAAUAUAAAACCUGUAACGGUUGCCUAGUGUUGUCAGCCAACCAUUACAGGUAGUAUUAGUUCUAUUCUUUGCAGUUUAGCCAAUCAUAAGUGCACCGCUUAUGGUUAUAGUAAUUAUGAAGGAUAGAAACGCUUUAUUAUGUGAAUCUAGCUCUUGGGCACAAUAUAUUGUUUUUUUCCUGAUAUUAGAUUAUUCUAUCAUAUAUAAAACAUUCCUACAGAUGCAUUGCAUGAAAUCAUAUUAUAUAAUGUACACAUUCAAACUCACACAUCCUAUAUGCCUUGCGUACAAAAGAAAGCUCCUUACAACAUUAUCUGAGGACAACGUUUGUACAGGAGGCUAAAGUCAAGUGAUAUACAUUCACAACCACAAGCUUUACACAUAUAGAAAGCAACGCAGGCUCAGUCAUCUAGGCGCUGGAAGUCUAGUUCACCUGAAGCCGGUAU